AUGUUGAGACGAGAUGCAGGCGUGUUCAUCAGAGACCCGCAAAAGGUCUACCAUCAGCUCUGUAAAGGGUUGAACGACAAACACCUGACGCUUCCAGAGCUCUGCAAGGUGUCGACAGGAUCUGACCUAGCCCAUGAAUUAGGACUGUCUGGCAAGUCACUCGAAUCCUAUCCGGAGAGCUUCUUGGGCAACUUCGAGAAGCAAAACAAGAAGAAGUACGAAGAUCUCUUAGGAGAGGAGUCUCUGGAACUUCAAGCUUUCUGCGUGAAUCAGAAUCCUGACUAUGUCAGUAAGCUCAAGAAGACGGGUCUGUUGCCGACCUUUACAAAGAGUGACAAAGUUAUUUGGUUGCCUGGGCUGAAGCGCCAUCUUCUAGCGCUUGAAAAAUAUGCAGGGCACGGAUUUGGCGUGACUGAGUCAUUGGCGGCCUUGAACAAGACACCAGUUUUCAACGUCGCAGCCUUGUCCAACCCUCACCCAAUGUUGGGGAACGGACAGCAUAUUGGUGUGAGUGCCCUGGUCUUAGCUGCAGCGCUUUUUUCAGUGCAACUCUGGGAAGAUCCAGAACCACGCAAACCCUUGACCCUGGAGACUGCUCUGUCUGAGCGUGAGCAGGUUCCAGAGGAUGUUGGUGCUGCUGGGCUUGAGAAGUGCAAGGAUGGAGAGACCAAGAAAAAGAACAAGCGCAAAAGCGCUGAGGUUCCAGAGGAUGUUGGUGCUGGUGGGCUUCAGAAGUGCAAGGAAUUGUUGCAAGCGGAAUUUCCGCAAUUGCAGAUUCUACCGGACCGCGUGAUCUACCAGUUUGAUCAGCACAAGCGGGUAUGUGUGGUCCCCAAAGGCCAUACGUUGCGUGAAGCGGCCAGCAGUAUGUCAGCGUAUGUGUCCCGCAUGGCCAAGCUUAAGCAAAAGUUGGACAACGGCAGCAGGCAGAAGUUGAGGGAAAUGUGCAAAGUAUCCCAGUUGAAGCAAGCAGGCGCCAAUGAGGAAUUGAAGAGCCGAUUGGUUGUGAAGGAGCUGGAAGGUACGAUUGACAAGAUAGACACGGAAGUUGCCAACACUUUGAUCCCAGAGGCAAGAAACGAGCAAGGGUUUCCUGAAGAUGCAGCGCGCAAAACCCAUGAGAGGAAGGAGGUGGAGGUCUUUGGUGGUCAGAUUCUGGAAGAUGGCUUGCAGACAAGGCAAUCUUGGCUUGACAUUCGAGAUCGGUUUCAGAAUUUUGUCAGUCCAGCUGAGAAAGACAUCCUGAUAGUUCUGAAUCAUUUGAAGCUGCGCAUGCGGAUGCUGGGCAAGUCCAAUGAUUGCUUGCAACAUGCUGGAGAGGUGAGAAGGUUCUUUCCCGACAUCAAGGUCGAAGAGGAUGGUGCCAGUUUCUCUCAUUCCGGUGCUGCGAUCAAGGUAGCCAUCCCAGCAGAGGAUCCAUUCAAUGAGCCUUCAGAUCCUUCCAAGAUGUCCAAAGAAGAGGUAAAGAAGAUGUUCCCCGAUGUCAAGGUCUUCAAAGUAACCUGCAAGAUCGAUGUUCACGGAUUCUUGAAGACGUUCAGGAAUGAUGGAGCAUCAUUGUAUGAUACAGCAAGACUUGCCAAUAACUAUGUGCGAGCCGCAAAGUGCUUCUGGAACACCAUGCAGUUGAAGCGCCUGUUGCAAAAGAAGGUCACGCGCAAGAGCAAAUUGUGCCCGCAGAUGGUGGUGAAGCUGGUGGCGCUGGUGCUGGGCCAGCUGAUUCUAGCUCUAGUCACGCUGGACAGGCUACGGGGCCAACAUUGUGGGGAAGACAGACGUUCACAGCGGAUGGGAAGGAAGUGGAAGACAAAACAGCAAAGAAAUUUCUUUGCUGCAAUUGACCAGGGUCCAGAGAUCAAGGAUGCUGAGCAAACCGUUAUUGAGACUAUGCUACAAGCCACAGAUGGCGUGAUACCACUGGCAGCAGCAGUCAAGAUGGCUCAAGGAUACCAGGAGGUUGUCAAUGAUCAGGUCUGCGUUCUGAUGGCAGGAGUGGACAAGGUCAUGCUUGAGUCUUGCAGCAAGCUCACAGACACUCAAGAGCAGGUUCGGACUGUCAAUGACUUCAUCCAACAGCUCAUGGCCAAGCCAACGCUCCUGACUACCCCUGAAAUCUCGGUCUUUGAUGUUGGACAAAGCUUGGGAUGGACAGCGGAGGAGGCUCAGUCUGAGAUGUUGGCUGCUCUAGCUGUAGAGAUUGCAGCUGGAGAGGGCAUGGACAUCAGCAGUGGAGUGGAGAGAGGCCGUGCAAAGAGCAAGAACAGGUCUCCCAGGCUAACAAUCUUCCAGAAGCUGGAGAUUGUGAACUAUGCCACUGCCUUGGUGGAGGAGAACAAGCAGAAGCUGGUGGUGAAAAGAAGAAGGAAGAACGGCGCACGCCCUGAAACAAGGAAAUUCUCAGUCAGGGGCGUCAACCUGCAAAGACUUUGUGAGCAAAGGUUUCCAAUGAUGAAGGGCAUCAAAAUCUGUCAGAUGCUUUACCAGAGCGAAAGCCAGUCCUGGAAGUCGCUUUCCGUCCAACAACAGAAGAAGUACUUUCAGCUUCCAGAUUCUUUGAAAGUUGCAUUGGGUCAGAAGCAUACUGUGAGGGGAUGGAAGGCUCUGGGAUAUGAUGAGCUCACUGAAGUUGUGAAGGGCUCAAACAAGGUGAAUAGAUGGGCCGUGCCAGCUCCAGUUUUGCAGGACAGGGUUGUAACGGCAAGAAGGCUGGCGCGGGAAUACAACGCAGGAAUUGAAGAAGCACAACAGAAAGCGCGAGAACACAACGAGAAGAGCAUCAAUGAUUUUCGAGCAGUUGGAGUGGUGAAGGGCAAGUUCCUUAAGAGCAGCCUUUUGCCGGUACCAGAGCCAUGCCCAGAAGACCUCAACUUGCGCUGGGUGCGACGUUUCAUGGCCGCCUUCAAAUGGCGACGUGUUGCUCGAAACACGAGCGGCCAAUAUCUGGAGUGGGACGACCCACGGCUUCAAGCCGCAAGGAAUGGUGUGGCUGCCAAGAUAGCCACAGGAACCCACAGGUUCUUGAUUUUGAACUUAGAUCAAGUCUGGAGGCAGGCGCUUCGCUUCAACAAGAAGCUGUGGAUGAAAGAAGUUCAACGCCCAUUGGGCAUUUGUAAACCAGACAAUUUCCUGCAGCAGAAAGCCAUCGACGAAUGGAACCAGCAGUAUGUUGGAGAGUGCUACAUCUUCCGUAGUGUGGACUUGGGCAUCGUGAGUUGGGACUUAUGGUACUGGUCCAUCAAGAUGGAUGAAGGGCAAAUCGUUGCCUUACCUUCAUUGGUGGCAAGGGCCGUGGAGAAUCUGAUCUGCGGUCAUCGCAGAGAUCGCAAAAUCCUCUUCACCAACCAGCCGAACGGCUGGAAGCAGAAGCUGGAGAAGGUGAAUGGAAGAAUACUUUCAUUCGUAGUUGAUUUGAAGCAGGGUGCUCUAGCCACCGCUCACUACCUGAAGCGGAGUGUGGCCAUGCAAGAUGGACAGCUCCAGUUUUUGGGGAAGGGGCUUGGGUUUGAAAUUCUACGCAUCGCCUUCAAGCUUCACGAAGGUGAGACUGGCCCA